UCUGGGAAUUUAUGGUUAUGCUGUUGGUGUGACGUAUAAUCUAGUGGACGGAACGCUUCUUUCAUCAGCAGCAACAGUGAGUCAGACACCUCGGUAGCUUGCUAGACAAAUUAGCCGAACCAAUAUAGCUCUUUAGACGCUUUCGUGUAUAUUAGCCACUGUGUUUUAAACCCAUUGCUGUCGUCUAGUUAGUUAUCCGAUUUAAUUUCAUAUUUACGGUGUAGUUAUUAUUAUUCAGCUAGCGGGGUGGUUAAGUUAGCAUUAGCCUUAGCUAACAUCCCCGACCAUGCGGUCACCAAGCUACUCUCCUUCUAAUGAAGAGAAGGAUAUCACAGUAAAACAAGAAGUAGAGAGUGGGGCCUUUACUGUGAAAGAAGAGGAGGACGCGUUCAGAGUGAAAGAGGAGGAUGGUGUUACAGUGAAAGGAGAGCAUGUAGUUUAUGGCGUGAAAGAGGAGGGGGAGGAGAUGACUGUAACAUCGAAAGAGGAGGAACGUGGAUAUCUGGUUCCGGUUUCCCAAACGCAUCUUAAGGCGUCCAAUGGUUCUAACGAUGAACUCAACCGUAAGAUGGUUUUGAGAAACCGUUCCCUGAUUAACACUAGAGAGAGACGUGACUAUCGUGGAUCCUCUGGGGAGCCGCAACAACCUCAUGAUGCUGAGGAGACAGAGAAGAGUCUCUCCAGAUCAGAACACCUCAAUAAACACCCGCAGAGACCCACAAGGAAGAGAACUCACUGCUGCUCUGACUGUGGGAAGAUAUUCACAUCAUCAGGCAUUAAAAUUCAUCAGAGAACACACACAGGAGAGAAAUCUUAUAGCUGUGGUCAAUGUUGGAGGAGUUUUACAACAUUAAUCUCUCUGAAAGUACACCAGAGAACACACACAAGAGAGAAACGUUAUAGCUGUGAUCAUUGUGGGAAGAGUUUUGUUUAUGCUUGCCAUCUGACUCAACACCAGAGAACACACACAGGAGAGAAACCUUAUAGCUGUGAUCAAUGUGGGAAGAGAUUUGCUACAUCUGGCCACCUGACUCUACACCAGAGAACACACACAGGAGAGAAACCUUUUAGCUGUGGUCAAUGUGGGAGGAGAUUUAGUCGAUCUGGAGAUCUGACAGUGCACAAGAGAAUACACACAGGAGAGAAACCUUAUAGCUGUAAUCAAUGUGGGAAAAGUUUUGUUUCAUCUAGCCAUCUGACUAUACACCAGAGAACACACACAGGAGAGAAAUCUUAUAGCUGUGAUCAAUGUGGGAAGAGUUUUGUUUCAUCUAGCCAUCUGAAUAUACACCAGAGAACACACACAGGAGAGAAAUCUUAUAGCUGUGGUCAAUGUGGGAGGAGUUUUAGUCGAUCUGGAGAUCUGACAGUGCACAAGAGAAUACACACAGGAGAGAAACCUUAUAGCUGUGAUCAAUGUGCGAAGAGAUUUGCUACAUCUGGCUACCUGACUCUACACCAGAGAACACACACAGGAGAGAAACCUUAUAGCUGUGGUCAAUGUGGGAGGAGUUUUAGUCGCUCUGGAGAUCUGACAGUGCACAAGAGAAUACACACAGGAGAGAAACCUUAUAGCUGUGAUCAAUGUGGGAAGAGUUUUACUUCAUCUGGCAAUAUGACUCGACACCAGAGAACACACACAGGAGAGAACUCUUAUAGCUAUGGUCAAUGUUGUAGGAGUUUUACAACAUUAAUCUCUCUGAAAGUACACCAGAGAACACACCCAGGAGAGAAACCUUAUAGCUGUGAUCAAUGUGGGAAGAGUUUUGUUUAUGCUUGCCAUCUGACUAUACACCAGAGAACACACACAGGAGAGAAAUCUUAUAGCUGUGAUCAAUGUGGGAAGAGUUUUGUUUCAUCUAGCCAUCUGAAUAUACACCAGAGAACACACACAGGAGAGAAAUCUUAUAGCUGUGGUCAAUGUGGGAGGAGUUUUAGUCGAUCUGGAGAUCUGACAGUGCACAAGAGAAUACACACAGGAGAGAAACCUUAUAGCUGUGAUCAAUGUGCGAAGAGAUUUGCUACAUCUGGCUACCUGACUCUACACCAGAGAACACACACAGGAGAGAACCCUUAUAGCUGUGGUCAAUGUGGGAGGAGUUUUAGUCGCUCUGGAGAUCUGACAGUGCACAAGAGAACACACACAGGAGAGAAAUCUUAUAGCUGUGAUCAAUGUGGGAAGAGUUUUACUUCAUCUGGCAAUCUGACUCGACACCAGAGAACACACACAGGAGAGAAAUCUUAUAGGAGUUUUACAACAUUAAUCUCUAUGAAAGUACACCAGAGAACACACACAGGAGAGAAAUCUUAUAGCUGUGAUCAAUGUGGGAAGAGUUUUAGUCGAUCUGGAGAUCUGACUCAACACCAGAGAACACACAGGAUUGAAAUCUCAUAGCUGUGACCAGAGAUAAUCUGAUACAAGAUCUCUGAUCAAAAGAUUAGAAAAUACAUACAUGAAGUAGUUGUUUCAUGAUUUCAAUGAAUUAAUGUCACAAUGUAGAAUUUUUUAACAUUGUAGUAGGAGUAUUGUAAUGAUUUCACAAUGUAGAAGCCUAACUUCACUUAUGAAUUGAUAUCAACAUGUUAUGGAUAUUAGCCUAAUGGGGAAAAAUCCAGGCUCUGAAAUGGAACCCCCGGACAGGGCCAAACAGGAAGGAUAUAACCCCACCCACUUUGCCAAAGCACAGCCCCCACACCGCUAGAGGGAUAUCUUCAACCACCAACUUACCAUCCUGAGACAAGGCUGAGUAAAGCCCACAAAGAUCUCCGCCACGGCACAACCCAAGGGGGAGCGCCAACCCAGACAGGAAGAUCACGUCAGUGACUCAACCCACUCAAGUGAUGCACCCCUCCUAGGGACGGCAUGAAAGUGCACCAGUUUGCCAGUGACCCAGCCCCUGUAAUAUAGGGUUAGAGGCAGAGAAUCCCAGUGGAGAGACAGCAAGGACGGUUUGUUGCUCCAGAGCCUUUCCGUUUACCUUCACACUCCUGGGCCA